AAGAGGAUCGUUUGGUGUUGUUUACAAAGCCAAGGUCACAAAACGCGGUGACUAUGCCGGAGGCGAUGUUGUGGCUGUUAAAGUAAUUCAGAUCUGUACUCCUGUAGAUAAAGCUGCUAAUCAUAAAAGCUUGAUGCACGCCGUGAAUAAACUGAAAAGACUCACCGAACUUUCUCACGAAAAUCUCGUAAUGUAUCACAAAGUGUCCAUCACCAAAGCGUCGGUCGGGGCUACCGUGGAGUUGGCAAUGGAUUACCAUCAAGGGGAUCUCGCUUCUUUGCUGAGGGAAGCCAAAGACAACCAAACUCUCUUAAACAGGCAUAUGAUAGUUGCUCAGUUCGUGAUUUGCAUCGCGCGAGGACUGGACUUCCUGCACCGCAAUGGGAUAAUUCACGGGGAUCUCAAACCAGAGAACGUUCUUGUACAAAUCGCGGAAGGUGGUUGGAAAAAUCUGCUGAUCGGUGACAUGGACGAUUUCGUGCAGAUGCAAGAAAAUAACACCUGUUCUGCCGACGUUUCGCAUUUACGCGGCACGACACGCUAUAUGUCCCCAGAGAUGCUGAAGAAAUUUUGCAGAACAGCAAAGAGGCGCCCGGACGAAAAACCGACAUUUGGAGUUUGGGCUGCAUAAUGCUGGAGAUGGCCCAGUUAGCCAGCGGUCAGCUGGAAAAACGACUUGUAAAAGGUGCGAAGGUUAUCGAAGCUGCAGAUAACCUUCCGAAUAACCAGUAUGUCAUCAGGAUUGUCGAUGGCUACGUGCCCUGUGUCAGCAACCGCAACGCGCAGUUCCAGGCCGGUCUUAUCAAAAAAUGUUUGGAUCCAGUUGCUGUCAAUAGGAUAUCCGCUGAACAACUGCUUCAUGAGUUACAAGAAAAACAAUUUAUCGUAUUUUAUCCUUCCGCCUGGAAAUUCGACCACCGGUUCUUGAUAUUGUUCGAUCCUACAGUGGGAUGUUUUACGGUUGAAAAGGUGGUUAACGCUCCAGCCGCUUUACGCCGCGGUGGGUUGUCAGCUCAUCACCGUCAGAUAAAGCCGAUAGAAAUCAUCUUCACAGAGCGGUCACACGUUGACACGAACGGAUUUUCCAAAUUCCGUUUCUGGAAUGUCGGCAGAAAUACAUGGCGCGAGCUAGCGCUUCCCUUAAACGUGGGUCUUGCCGAAGACUUCAUCGUGGUCAACCACAAGAUUUAUAUCUUGGGUUACAAUCAGCGCUUUAUGGAAAUAGAUACGUACACUGGCAUGGCUACAGCCUUGGAUGAUUCCCCUGUGGAAGCCGGGAUGGAAUUGUUAUUAUCUCAAGUGGCAAAAAGUGACGAUCAGAUAUAUUUUGCCACACGAUAUCGCCUGUACCGGUACAAUAUAAUUAUUGGUAAAUGGGAAGCUUUACAAAAUCUGCCACAGUGGCGAGCGGCCUUUGCAAUGGCGGUGGUCAACGGCUACCUGUACAUUAUCGGCGGAUAUGUGCUAUCGGCCUAUGAUAGUGCAUCGUCUGACUGUAUCCGUCUGAACCUGAACACUGGUACAUGGGAAGAGAUAGAACCACUGGGACAGCCCAGAUGUCGACAUGCUGUACAUGUUAUUAAUGACCGGAUAUAUGUCUGUGGAGGGAACCACUCUGAAGCAGAGCCCGCUCAGACAAUAGAGAUGUACAACACCAAACACGGUGGAGGAUGGUCGACCAUCAAUUUCCUGCAAAAGAACGUAAAUCUGUUGUCGGACUUGGCGUCAACGGUCAUUCGACCUUGGCAGUUCAUAACUGCCACGUCGACUUGUCUGAAUGCUUCAGAGAGCAUUAACUGAAUGCGAAUCGCUUUCCCGUGGAACCAAUUCACGGGCCCAGUGGUCGAUUGAUGGUCCCUGAAACGUCUUGGGUGCGAGCCCGGA